CAACACCAACGUGUUAACAUGGCGGUCUUUAUUUCAAACAGCCACCUGCGUAUCUUGAAACAACAACAGAUAGCUCAUUUUUCUGAGAACAAAAAAUAACAGACACUUUUCUGUUUGUGGCGUGAUACAGAAUUUAGGCCAAGGUGGUGUAGGUUUUUAAAAGUAAAAUGAUCCGUCACGUGAUCCGGUGCCCGUAUCUUGACAGCAGUAUUAAGGAGACGAUAAUCCACAUAAAUAGGUUAUCGACGAUAUAUAGCGUCUGUCUACAUUAUCAGCCUAUAUGUCAGUAUUUUCUACUUGAUCGGGCACCUGUCGAGUUGUAGACUAACAGCAACGUAAGAAGAGGAUGGCGGACACGCCGGAAGGACACAAGUACGAAGAAGGUACAUCUUCCUGGGUUACAGAGAGUAUAAAAAAGGAGUUUGAUGAUAAUGGCUUCAUUAUCGUGCGAAAUCUUCUGAGUUCAGAAGAAUUAAAGCGCGUGAAGGAUGCUCUGGAGACUGACGGUCGCAUAUUGCAGUACCGCCUUGGUCGUGAUGAUGGGAAGGGACGGAGGGUAAAUAUGACGUUAUGGAAUCACCCCGGGGAGGACAUAACAGGAAUGGUGGCCAGGUCUGAAAAAGUCGUCAACGCCAUGGAAACGUUUCUGGAUGGUGAAGUGUACCAUUAUCACACCAAGCUGAUUCAGAAGGACGCUCACACUGGUGGAUCGUUUGUCUGGCAUCAGGAUUAUGGUUAUUGGUACCACAAUGGCUGCCUGUUCCCAGACAUGGCAACUGUCUUCAUAGCAAUAGAUCGUGCUGACAGGAAUAACGGAUGCCUUCAGAUUCUGCCUGGAUCGCAUAAGCUGGGCCGCAUUGAUCACGUGCCAAUCGGAAACCAAACCGGUGCCGAUCUUGAACGUGUGAAACAAGCCUCCAAGGUUUUGCCCUUGACCUACGUAGAAUUAAACCCAGGAGACGCAGCAUUCUUUCACUGUAACCUUCUUCACACCAGUGACCAGAACAACAGUGAUAGACGCCGCUGGGGACUUGUUUGUUGCUACAACAGCGCAAGAAACAACCCCGUGAUUGCGCACCAUCACCCGCAAUAUACGCCACUGAAGAAGGUUCCAAACAAGGCAAUUCUUGAAUGCCCCUUGAUGGCUGACAAAUCAGAGGAAACGAAAUGGUUUUAUAAAGAAACCGAUUCAUCUCCCCAAGGAUUGGCCGUGAAGGCAAGCAGAUGAGUCAAAGCAUUCUGAUGGACACCUUUGCAGUUUAAUGACAGUCAAAUCAAUCCAUGGUACCACCAUACAUCCUCACAAUUACACACCCAACCUCAGUAACCUUGGUAGACACAAUUAACUGCCAACUGAUAGCUCACUCCUCUCAAGAUACACAGAGCAUGGAUAAACUUAUCCUACCUCCCCCUUAUUUGUAUAAAGGAGUAGGGUUGAUUAACCUGCUCACAGAAUUUUUUGCAGUUUCGGACCUCCUUUUAAUUGCAAAUGCCACUUUGCUUGCCAACUCAUAAUAUAAAACAGAUUGUGCUUAUCUCUUCAAAAAUAUUAAUAAAACAUGAGUAACGCUACCCCGGUGUCUAUGUUGA